AUGAAGCCUAUUGUUCCUUGUGAUAUUCAAUUUCAUUAUAGGAACAAGAUGGAAUUCUCGUUUGGUCCUUAUAAAUGGUUGCCUAAAGAGUUGCUGCACGAAGGAAAUGUUGAUGGUGGAAGUGAGAAUUAUGCACUUGGAUUGCAUGUUCCUGGUUUUUUUGAUAAGAUUAUAAACGUUGACAAAUGCUUACUCCAAACUGAUCCUGCUAAUAAGGUUCUUGCAGCUAUUCAAGAGUGUUGGAGGGAUCCACAACUUGGUUUCUCUCCUUACAAUGUUCAUUCACACGUAGGAUUUCUUAAGCAUUUGAUGCUAAGAAGUGGAAAGUAUUUAAGGUAUGAAAUUUGA